AUCGAUCAUCUCUGUCGUACCACUGCCAUGGGCACUGUAAUUAAUUCAAUUCAAUUAAUUUGUGAUAAGUAAAAAUAAAUGUGAUUUAAUUAUUCCAUUUACGCCCGUAUAUUCUCACGUUAAUUAUUAUCGUAUCGCAAUAACAUAUGUACAUAUAUGAUAUGUUGCUGCUGUAUCUCGUUUUGAGUUUAGUGGACUAUCGUUUUUACCGACAAAUUAAAUCUAAUCGCCGCCUUUAGAUGGCGCGGGCAACCAUUGUUUUGACAACGUGCCAUUAAUUACAGCAGUGAGCAGCGGUCAGCGAGAUUUUCUAGUUAAUUAAUAAAUUCUAUUAUUCGCGUGAAAAUCGAGAAAAGCGAUCCUCGACCAUGCAUUUUUGCCAUCUUUCUUUUGGCAAACACACGUUAUAAUAUCCGUGACGUCAUUCACGUCAUGAUUAUCGCCAUCUUCGACUUCGACUUGUGUGUCAUUCACUGUUGUCGUAAACUGCUGGUGACUGGUGACUGGUGACUGGUGUGACCCGUCGUCAUAAGUAACUCGCGCGAGAUAUCAUCGCGUCUCGCAGAUUUAUUAAGUUAGCUUCGAUUCGUUUCGCGCAUUUUGAUAUUUUUAUAGGAUUAUGGAAGGUGGCGGCGCAGGAGGAGAAAUGGGGGGCGGACCGCAGAACGCGCAGCAAGCGGGUGCCAGCAAGAAGCUACAGCAAACCCAGGCCACCGUGGAUGAGGUCGUGGGCAUAAUGAAGGUUAACGUGGAGAAGGUGCUGGAGCGAGAUCAGAAGCUGUCAGAGCUGGAGAAUCGCGCGGACGCUUUACAGCAGGGCGCGACGCAGUUCGAACAGCACGCCGGCAAGCUGAAGCGAAAGUACUGGUGGAAGAAUCUCAAAAUGAUGCUCAUUCUCGGCAUCAUAUGUGUCAUUAUCUUGAUCAUCAUUAUUGCUUCGGUUGUGCCAAGUUCGUCUUCGGACAACUCCAAUACGUCUCCAAAAUGAUAGCGUUGAUACCAAAGGCAAGACACGGUGUCGCACCGAUCAACCAUCCUCUCACUUAGGAUAAGUUAUAUACAUAUAUAUAUAUAUAUAUAUAGAUUUGGUCAAGUACGUACAAGGGGGACUGCAAAGAGCUAGGAUGAAGCAUGAAUGUGGACGUACAUGUUUAUCUGUAAUGUCGUCCGCACAUAAAAAAAACUUGGGCAACAAAGAGAACAUAUUUUUUGAGACUUAUUAUUGUAUCGAAGUGCACACGAUUAUUAGACUAACAACCAGUAUUAAUACGGGUGGCCUUCCAUUUUUUAAAGAAGCAAAAUGAACACUGGGGUAUUCUUACGAUGUUAAUCUUGUUACAGCACGGCUUAUUAUAAAUUUUACAUAAUAUAUAAUGUUUGUACACUCUU